AUGUCUUAUAUUCAAGGCCACUGCGCCCCACAAUUCAAGGCCCUACAUAAACUCAUCUCUGAAAAGUUGCAGUCAAAUGAGGAGCUCGGGGUCUCCCUCAGCGUCAUAAUCGGAGACAGAACCGUUGUCGAUAUAUGGGGCGGAUACAAGGACGCUGCCCGCACGAAGCCCUGGACCAAAGAAACCAUCACAACUGUAUGGUCCCUCUCAAAAAUCAUCACCAACCUCGCAGCGUUACUACUUGUCGACCGCGGCCAGCUAGAUCCCUCCGCCCCGGUGGCAAACUACUGGCCCGAAUUUGCAGCGAACGGCAAGGAGAAUAUACUUAUCAAGCAUAUACUUAGCCAUACAUCCGGCGUAUCCUCCUGGGAACUCCCCAACACUAUCGUGGAUAUCUAUAACACUCGACAAUCGACCGCAAAGCUCGCUGCUCAGAAGCCAUGGUGGUCCCCACCGGGUGUUCAGUCGGGCUACCAUGUAACCAACCAGGGCCAUAUGGUAGGAGAGAUCGUGUACCGUGUCACUGGCAAGUUGUUAGGCGCGUUCAUCCGGGAUGAACUCGCAGCGCCCCUCCGAGCUGACUUUCAACUGGGAUUGUCGCAGGAGCCGGACUGGGAUCGUGUGGCUGAUCUUAUUCCCGGGCCGCCUGUUACAAUACCCGAUGGCAUUGAUCUAAACAGUGUGUUCGCGAAGACUUUCAUGAGUAUCCUCAUGCCGGCGGAGACGGCUAUGACCCCCGGAUUCCGGAAUGCGGAGAUAGGUGCUACGAAUGGCUUUUCUAAUGCACGGGCCUUGGCCAAGAUUGGGUCUAUGGUGGCCAAUGGAGGAGCGGUAGGAGGAAAGAGAUUCAUGUCGGAAGAAACUAUCCAUCGAAUGCUUGAGGUGCAAUCGGAUGGAGUUGAUCUGGUUCUAGGUUGUCAUCUGCGUUUUGGGUUGGGUGUAGGGCUGCCGACGCCCGAAACACUGCCGUGGCUACCCGCUGACGGGCGAGUUGCUUACUGGGGAGGUUGGGGAGGCUCUUUUCUUGUUAUGGAUGUGGAUCGAAAGGUCUCUAUUGCCUAUGUGAUGAAUAAAAUGGGAGAGGGCACGCUGGGCAAUCACAACACAGCUGAAUAUGUCAAAGUGAUAUAUGCUAUUCUGGAUGAAUUGGAUGUGGAAGCUUUUAAUUAG